AUGAAAUCUCUGCAAAGCGUCAGCGAAACAACGAGUGUGUUUGGCAUCAUGUAUCCUAAAUUGAACCUAUCUAAACCCAAUUAUAAUGAAGCAGCAAUUCCGGGACCGUUCGAGAAUCAGCUCAGCAGUCUUCUGGAUACAUUGUCCUCGUCAUCAGCGCACUUCAUUCGAUGUGUGGUGCCGAACUAUGAACGUGUUCCCAACAAGGUUGAUGGACCACUUGUACUCAAUCAGCUGAGGUGCAACGGUGUUUUGGAAGGAAUCCGUAUCUGCCGUGAAGGCUAUCCGUCACGUCUUCCUUUUGCCGAUUUCGUUCAACGGUACCGAAUGUUCGCCAAAGAGGCACUUCCAAACGGCCGCGGUGCGGAUGAGAUCUGUGUGGCAGCCGGCAUGGAUCCACUUCGUUAUCAAAUCGGCAAGACGAAAAUCUUCUGUAAAAUAGGAGUCGUUUCAGAGCUUGAAGCGAAGAGAAAAGAGCACAUCAAUGGCGGUCAUCACCAAUCUACAAGCGCGUAUCCGCUGGAUUCAUAUGCAGAGGA